CGGCGACCGUUGCUAAAAACCGACUUAAAAUAAUGGUUGAAACCGGGAGUUAUAAUGUUAACAAAAAACGAAGACGGGACACUUCCUUCAAAAGUUUCAUUUGUGCUCUGUUGGCCUUUUUGGCUAUGUUAAUUCUGAUUUCUCUGUUACUAUAUGCCUUAAGGAACAAGGCAGGUGGAGGUGAUGAUUUGGAUACUAAACGUGAUGACCGAUUUGAAUUGGAGUUUCUAAAAGGAAAAAAUAAUACUAAAAAAGAAAACAAAACACUGGUUGUAUCAACAGUAUCUACAACUACCACUGCACAAAAUACGACUACAACACCAUCAACAUCAUCAACACAUGAGAACGCAAACUCAAUAAUAAAGAAUUUAACAGAAGACGAAAGCAGUACUACAACAUUAUUACCAUCAACAGAUAGGAACGCAAACUUAAUACCAGAGAAUUCAACAGAAGACCAAAUCACUACUACAACAUUAUUACCAUCAACAGAUAGGAACGCAAACUUAAUAACAGAGAAUUCAACAGAAGACCAAAUCACUACUACAAACAAAAUCCGCUCUACUACAGAAGAAUACAUUUUUCCUGAUGAUGAAUCUGGGACACCAACUCGAUACACUACAGUUGGUCCCACACCAGAUCCUGUUCCAACAACUUGUAAAAAUGGCAUUUGUAAAAGAGCCGCUUCUUCAAUGUUGGCGAUAAUGAAUCACGAUGACAAACUAAAUCGAUGCGAAGAUUACUACAAAUUUAUCUGCGAAGGGCCAGAACAAAACGAUGAACAUGCCUUCUUCCAUGAAAGUUUUAAAGGAUUCGUUAAGAAGAUAAAUGAAGUGACUCCCACGUCCGAAAAGUACAUGACAUUGUUUGCUGACUUUUAUAAAAGUUGUAAUGAGUUCGGCAAUUCUAUUAAUAGAUUAGAAAGGCUCAAGUGUCUCAUUGGAACUGAAGGUGCUGACCUGACAAAAUCCGUUACCACAGCAAUUCUAGCACAGACAUUACCAUUUUUUGAUAUCGGCUUAAAUAUAAAUGGAAAGAAUUUUAAACUUGAGAUUAAUCUACCAGGAUUGAGCUACUUAAAAACAACUUUGAAAGAUUGGUCUCUAAUGGAACAAUUGACAGAUACUUGUAUCAAUAAGCAAAGCGACGAAAUCAAUCAAAACGUUAUUGAAUUAGAUAAAAUUUCGACUAAUAUUACGAAAUGCAUUGAUGAAAAAGCUACGCAAUAUGUCAAGGAUUUUGUAAAUGAAAUGAAACAAUUAAGUGUUCUAUCUGGUUUUGAAUUUCUUGAUGCAAAUGUUAAAGCGGCAACACAAAAUGACGACCUAAUAGAGAUUUUAAAUGUAGUCCAGGAAAGCCUAGCUGCGUAUCGUAAUACCAACCUGAAAAAGCUAAAAGAGACAACCUUAUUAGAUUUGAAUAAAAAUUAUGAUUUUGGCCUUGACUGGAUUGAAUUAUUUAAAGGCAUUACAAAUGAUUUAACAGUAGAUGAAAAGACUGUCGUUUACCAGUCAGAACAUCUUGAAGAAGUUUUUAAAAAAUUAAUAGAAAAAAAGGCAAAUCUUCAACCACUAGUGGAUUUGUGGCACAACAUUGAGCUCUAUAAAAACAUCGUAAUAGAAAAGGAAAUCGACGAUAGGGGAUUUAAUUGUUUGGAAAUUACUUCUGAACUCAUGCCCGAAGUAUCAUCUGCCAUAAUAUCAGAACUGAAUGCCAAUGACCAACAAGAUUUCUAUAAAGAAGUCGAAAGUUUGAUGAACAAUCUUAAAUCCAACGUUUACACAUCGUUUACACAAGCUAACAUGACUACAGAAUCUGCUGAUGUUCUACAGGAUCGAUUAUCCGAAAUUAAAAUUAUAAUGCCUUCAGCGACACCCGAAGUUGAUAAGCUGAAUUAUAGGAAAGUUUUCGAUCCAAAUGAUCCCUAUCCGAAAAAGAUGGUUAGCUUAAUAUCUCAUUUCAGGAAAACGUUAUUUGGGAUGCAUGACAAUGUUGUCGUCGGAGAUACAUUAAUGAAGUACUUUGUAAAUGCGUUUGCAACCAAACCGAAAUCUUUCCCUCCUUCUAGAGCCAUAGUUGUCCAACCUGGAUUCUUUUAUGGAAAGUCCCUCAAAAUGCCGAAAUACGUCACUAUCGCCAAAUUAGGAUUACCUCUAGCAAUGCAAAUUUCAGGACAUUUUACGAAAAAUAACUUUGAAAAACCACUCAAGCAAAGAGAAGAAAAAAUAUACGAAGAAAUGGAAAAAUCUUUCGAUACAAAUUAUUUAAUGAAUAAAAUUAAAUACACCGUGGAAAAUAAAGACUUUGAAGUCGAGGAUGCAACUGGAAAUCAUUUAAGCUAUGACAAUAUAUUUUCUGAUAAUAUGGCAUUUAGGCUGGAAACAGACACCUUCGCUAAAGACAAAAGUUUGGAAUAUUUGCCGUUCAUGCAAGACUAUACCCGAGAACAGUCGUUCAUAAUUAUAGCUUUACAAGAAUAUUGCCACAAAAACACAAUAGUUGAUUUCAUUGAUGAUUACUAUAAUAGACGCCUACCAGCACCUCUCAGGUUUAGAAACAUGUUGAAGAAUUCCGAAUUUUAUUCCAAAGCGUUUAAUUGUAGUGAACCAUUUGAGAGAAAACAGUUUCCUUAUAUAAACCCUUCAUCUCCUUAA